AUGGACGGUGCCGCCGGCGCUCAGCCGACGGAAGCGGUAGUUCACAUACAGCACGACGGUCCUCUCGCCUCUGACAAGGAUCUCUUCAUCGACGAUGACGGCUCCGGUCUAGAAAUCGACGAGAGCUCCGGAUCCGGUUACGGCCCAGGCCCCGGACCCGACGACGAGGACGGACGCGGAUCAGGUGACGAGCCCGACGCGCCCGAAGAUGACGAAGACUACGCACGCACCACCACCACGGAGGCUCCGAUACCCGACCCGGCAUUCACGGAUACUUUCAGUCCGGGCUCGGAAUUAGAGUCUCCCAUUCCACCGCCUGUAGUGCCCAUCGAUGUAUUUAGUCCGAGAAUUCUAUCGGGCAACCCGAGCGAAGGCGACUUAGAGCAGCGCGGCGCGGGGGAGAACCAGCCCUCGCGCCCAGACCCUGUGGACUUCAAUAUAUCUGGAGAGACCGUUGAUCAAAGCCAAGCAGGAUCAAACUUGGAGCCAGAAACGCGACCGGCGGACAGCAGCGUGGUCAUCAUGGAUACGCCACACGAGGACCGCGCGACCAGCUUCUUCGCUCAACCGGGCAUACUAGCUGCCGUCAUCGGUGGAGCAGUAGUAGGAUUGCUAUGCGCGAUUCUGGUAGUGAUGUUCAUAGUAUACCGUAUGAGGAAGAAGGACGAAGGGUCCUAUGCAUUGGACGAGCCAAAGAGAAGCCCGGCGGCAGCAUCGUACGGCAAGGGUCACAACAAUCGGGAAUUCUUCGCGUGA